CCUUUUCCAUCAAACACAUCCCAUUUCCAAUUGAAUUAAUUUGACAUUGGAGAAGCAAAAUAACCAAAAAUGGGAUUUUCCAAGGUUACACUUUCUCUAAUAAUGUGUGUCUUGUGCUUGGGACAUUAUGUUGUCUAUGGCCAAGACUCACGUGCAGACUACCUCAAUGCACACAACGCUGCAAGGUCAGCAGUGAAUGUUCCAAAUCUUGUUUGGGAUGACACCGUAGCUGCUUUUGCACAGAACUAUGCCAAUCAACGUAAGGGAGACUGCAAACUGGUCCACUCAGGUGGUGGUGGACGUUACGGGGAGAACCUGGCGUGGGGAAAACCUGACCUAAGUGGCACAGGGGCAGUGAAAUUGUGGGUGGAUGAGAAAGCAAACUAUGACUACAAUUCUAAUUCUUGUGCUAGUGGAAAACAGUGCGGGCAUUACACUCAGGUGGUUUGGAAAAACUCCAUGCGCCUUGGAUGUGCUAAGGUAAAAUGUGAUAAUGGAGGAGGCACGUUUAUUACUUGCAACUAUGACCCUCCAGGCAACUAUGUUGGCCAAAAACCCUACUAAGUGAAUAAGUGAUCAUCGAUCCAUUCUCUUGGGUCACUUAGCAGCUAUCACCAUACUAAGAAUAAAUAAAUAAAUGUCGCGGUAUUAGUUUCGUGUUACAUUAUGUCGGAGACAUUGCUUCAUAGGCAGUGGCUAUCUUAUUAAUAAUUAAUAAAUGAAAUUUCCAAUUUAUGACAA